CUGAAAAAAGUCAUGUGGAUUGCCAUGUGACUACAAUAAAACUUUGUCCAUCCAUGCUGAUUUAAUUGCCAUGAUUAUUUUAAGGAUUUAGGUCGACAUUGUUGUAAAAACGGAGCAUUUUUGGGAUGGGAUAUCACCCUGUCUAAAUUUUAAUAACCACUUAAAUGUUCCUAAUGAUAUAUACUGGUAUUUCAUUUUAUUUUACUGAUAUACUUAGACCGAGGAUGCGUUGAUAACCCAUGAAUAAGAAUUAUGUGUAUGCAAAAUCUGCUAUAUCAAUGAAAGACAAUAAAAUUAAAAAGAAUAUUUUAAACAUUCAGGAAAAAAAUCGCGGGAACUUGUAUAAUACUAUGCAGAUAAGAAAAAUAUGGCGUGUUUUAUUGAAUACAUACAUUCUCCAAACCCAUGUUUGAUAUAUUUACUCGAGACAUACAUUCUUAUCACUAACUAUUUCGUCAUCAUGAACUGAUUGGGCACGCGGUUUUUUCUCUCUACUAUAACCAUAAUCGGUAAAGAUGUUCUGAAAACGUACCGUCAUUUUAUUUUCACCUAAAAUAAAUACAUUAAAGAAUUAAAGGCAUUUGAGACACCUGUAGUUAAAAAAAAGGUUUUAAAUAUUGUAAUUUACGAAGAGAACAUUGCAGUAUCAUGUGUGACGUAUUCAAGGACGAGUUUAGACUGUCCAAUUUCGGACUAGCCCAUAAUAAAAGAGAUGACUUUAUUACAUGUCGGUGGAACUGGCAUCCAUUGGUAUUUUUCAUUUACCGCAUUGCAGUUGCCACAUAUGUGACAGUAUUCUUCGUGACCACAUUUAUUCUCCUCGCACAAAAUGGCGACUUUUCUUUCAUGGCUUACCUUACGUUAUGGACAUAUCUUAUAUUGACACUGUACUUCCUGUUCUCGGCUAUAGAUGUCGUCUAUAGCAAAUGUAAGGGAGACACUGGGAACCAACAAACCGGAUGUAGGUCCUCUAAAAUAGGUCUCCAGACCAAGGAGGGAUAUAAUAACAUUGCUUUCGUCGAAAGUAAUUCAAAACUGAACGUAACAGCUGUUAAGAAUGGUUAUCCUGGCGAAACAGUGCCAGAAUACGGAGAAGCUCUGCCUGGUGACAUUCACAUUGCAUCCGAUGAAAUUUCCGGUUUCACGAAAGUUUGCUGGCUUCUUGGAAACAUCACGCACGUAUUUGCCAUAGUGGUUACAGCUGUAUAUUUUACAGCAUUGUUUCCUUUAAUAGGAUACACAAAUUGUACAGAUAUAAAUUUACACGGCGUUAAUACAUUUCUUGUGAUUGUUGACACGUGUCUAUCUGCGAGACCAGUCCGUUUGUUACACGUGAUACAUCCGGUACUUUACGGAGCGUGUUAUCUUGUAUUCAGCGCCGUCUAUUGGAGUUUCGACCACGUGAAUCAUGUACUUUAUCCGGGUGUACUAGACUGGAACUAUCCGGGGACAACGGCUAUUUGGGUGGUUUGUUUGACACUGGUAGGAAUUCCGUUGCUACAGCUUGCUCAUUUUGGUGCACAUCGCUUGAAAAUACAUUUUUCCUCACAAACCUAAAACACAUGAAUUAUAUAAAAACCCGAAUCUCUGUGAUAUAGAGACCAAAGAAGAAUUCAGAUUUCUUCAAAAUAAGUGCUCCCAGAGUUGUGAUACUAUACUAUAGGAAUUGAUUAUGUAAAGGUGUUUAGAUCCAGUGGAAUGGAGACAUAUAUUUUUUUUCUAAAAAGAGUACAACAUUUUUUGUUAACUAUAUUUUGACGUCACAUGUAUAAAGUUCGUACAUCGAUGAAGUCCUUACUAGCCAUAACAAAGGACGACAACUCUAGAGAAACUAUUAACUGCGAAAUUGUCAACUUUGUUAUUCGACUUCAUUUGGUGAUGAAUUUCAUUUUCUAUGUUGUUCACAAUCUUCAAGCUAGAUAGAAAAAUAUAUGCCUAUUUACACAAAUAUAAAAUGGUGUACAUGUUAAAGAAUUACAAGCUUAGAAAAAGACCCUCACUUGUUGUUAAGUUAGCAUUUAAUUUGUUAACAUUUAAUAACAAUGCUGACAAAAAGUCACUUUUUGUAGUAUACAUGUACAUGUAUUUAUAUGUUGAAAUAAAGUUGGUUUGAUUUUUACAGGCAUAAAUGAAUUAUUUAACGUUUCCCGCUAAUUGUUUUGUUUGCCCAUGUACAAGAUUGUUAUUUGACACAAUAUGCCUCUAGGAGGCCCGUGUUUUUUAAAAUAAAGUUGAGAACGUU